GGCAGGCAGACGUGAGACGUCUAAUUUCUAAAACCCAAAACCCUUGCCCGCGCUCCGCCUUCUUCCGUCUCUUCUUCGCCAACUCGCUCAGCCGCUGACGGAGCGCCUCUCGAAAUCCAAUCCUUUCCUCACUUCCCGACGUUCACCAAUCAAUACUCUCCGCCGGUGGCUGAACUCCCUCGCUUAUUCUUUAUCUCUGCACCGUCUCACAUCUAGCUUCCUUCCCUAAUUCGCCCCUUCUCCUAACUUGACCCCGUAUUUCUUCUAUAAUCGCUUCUCUUCAAGUAUUCCGCAGUGGAAAUUAGUACUCUUUUGAGUUGUUGCGGGAAGGAUGGGGAUAUUCGAGCCUUACAGAGCGAUUGGGUACAUAACGAGCGAAGUGCCCUUCUCUGUUCAGCGGUUGGGCACUGAGACAUUCGUCACAGUCAGCAUAGGAAAGGCUUUCCAGGUUUACAACUGCUCUAAGCUCACUUUGGUCCUCGUCAGCCCUCAGCUUCCUAGCAAGAUUCGUGCUCUCUCCUCUUAUCGGGACUACACUUUCGCUGCAUAUGGUAGCCACAUUGCUGUCUUCAAUCGUGCUCAGCAGGUUGAUACUUGCAGCGGACAUAGCGCCAAAAUUACUCGAUUGCUGCUAUUUGGAGAGCAUGUCCUAAGUGUUGAUAUCGAUGGGAAUUUGUGUAUAUGGAAUUUUAAAGGUAAUGAACGCAAUCGCGGUCCAAUUGGACACAUCAAGUUGGAUGAUGGUUUCACUCCCUCAUGUAUAAUGCAUCCAGAAACUUAUCUGAAUAAGAUAGUGUUUGGGAGCCAGGAAGGUUCAAUGCAGCUGUGGAACAUCAGUACAAAGAAAAAACUUUAUGACUUUAAGGGGUGGAAGUCAUCAAUUACCAGUUGUGUGUCAUCACCAGCACUAGAUGUUGUUGCUGUGGGUUGUGCUGAUGGGAAGAUUCAUGUACAUAAUAUUCGAUAUGAUGAAGAGUUGGUCACUUUUACUCAUUCUAGCCGAGGUGCAGUGACAGCCUUGUCAUUCAGUACAGAUGGACAGCCACUUUUGGCAUCUGGAGGUUCAUCUGGUGUUAUUAGCGUAUGGAAUCUUGAGAAAAGAAGGCUCCAGUCAGUAAUUGGAGAGGCUCAUGACAGUUCAAUUGUCUCUUUGCAUUUUUUUGCCAAUGAACCUGUGCUAAUGAGUGCAGCAGCAGAUAAUUCCAUCAAGAUGUGGAUUUUUGACACAAGUGACGGGGAGCCUCGCCUGCUACGUUUUCGAAGUGGACACAGUGCUCCUCCACUUUGCAUAAGGUUCUAUGCAAAUGGGAGACACAUUCUCUCUGCUGGUCAGGAUCGUGCAUUUCGGCUCUUCUCCGUUAUUCAGAGUUUCAUACUAAUGCUUUGUGUCUCUGCUGUUCUGUUCGACUGCUUUCUUACUUCUGAUUCUGAUGUGGCCCUUUCCACUGUCGCCACAACUGAUCAACAAAGCAGAGAGCUGUCACAGCAUCAUAUAUCAAAACGUGCCAAGAAACUCAAACUAAAGGAAGAGGAGCUGAAGUUGAAGCCUGUUAUUGCAUUUGAUUGUGCUGAAAUUAGGGAGCGUGAUUGGUGCAAUGUUGUUACCUGCCAUAUGGACACAUCGGAGGCGUAUAUAUGGAGGCUUCAGAAUUUCGUUCUUGGCAAGCAUAUCUUGAGACCGUGUGCACAGAAUCCAACACCUGUAAAGGCCUGUGCCAUUAGUGCAUGCGGCAAUUUCGCAGUUCUGGGGACGGCCGGUGGUUGGAUAGAACGAUUCAACCUUCAAUCAGGACAUAGCCGAGGUAGUUACCUUGAUACCUCAGAAAGAAAUGGUGCUCACAAAGGGGAAGUAGUAGGAGUUGCUUGUGAUUCAACAAACACCCUAAUGAUAAGUGCAGGGUAUCAUGGAGACAUAAAGGUUUGGGAUUUUAAAGGGCGUGAAUUAAAAUCCCGAUUGGAAGUUGGCUGUUGUCUAGUUAAGGCUAUCUAUCAUCGAUACAACGGUAAUGGCAUCUUUCUGUACUUGUCUCUCUUUCUGUUUUGUCGAUAUUUAUACUCUAAGCUCGAUGUUAUUCAAUUGGUUGGCACCUGUCUUCUGGCUACUGUUGCGGACGAUUUGGUCAUCCGAGUUUUUGAUGUCGUGGCAUUGAGAAUGGUUCGCAAAUUUCAAGGCCACACAGAUCGAAUUACAGACUUGUGUUUCAGUGAAGAUGGGAAAUGGCUUUUGUCGUCUAGUAUGGAUGGCACACUACGAAUAUGGGAUGUCAUCUUAGCAAGACAAAUCGAUGCAGUACAUGUAGACGUGGCCAUCACAGCUUUGUCUUUGUCUCCAAACAUGGAUGUUUUAGCCACUACUCAUGCUGAGCAAAAUGGUGUCUAUCUUUGGGUGAACCAGUCGAUGUUCUCUCGAAGCUCAUCUGUAGAUUCUUACGCUAGUGGAAAGGAGGUUGUGAGUGUGAAAUUGCCAUCUAUCUCUGCGACGGAAGAUUCUCAUGAGGAUGAUCACGGUGGGUCUAAUGCCAACAACCAGUCAGUACCUAGUGAGGCAUCUGGUCUGUCAACUUUCACUCAGGAACAAAUCCCUGGCCUUGUAACGCUCUCAUUGUUGCCUAAGAGCCAAUGGCAGAGCUUGAUCAACCUAGACAUCAUAAAGGUGCGCAAUAAACCAAUCGAACCCCCCAAGAAACCUGAAAAGGCUCCGUUUUUCCUGCCAUCAGUUCCAUCUCUCUCUGGAGACAUUCUGUUCAAACCUAGUGAACCAGCCCAAGACGAUGAUGGUAUGGAUAUUGAUGAAGCCAGAAAGACGAAAAACAAAGGAAAAUAUGAGACACCAUUAAUACCAGUGUCCAAGUUUACCGAGCUUCUACAUUCGUGUGUAGAGGCGAACAACUUUUCAGCAUUCACCAACUACAUGAAAGGGCUCUCCCCAUCGAACCUGGACAUGGAGCUUCGGAUGCUUCAGAUAAUCGAUGACAACGAUGAGGACGACGGCGAUGAUGAUCAGGAUGAUGUAGAAACGAAGCCUGAGCUCGUCGCAAUACAACUCCUCUUCGAUUAUUUCAUCCAUGAGAUAUCCAGUCGCAACAACUUCGAGUUCAUCCAGGCUCUCAUCAGAUUAUUCCUCAAGAUUCACGGCGAGACUGUUAGGCGGCAGGCGAGCCUACAGGAUAAGGCGAAGAAGCUGCUGGAGAUUCAGUCAGCAGCUUGGCAGAAGAUAGAUAAGAUGUUUCAGAGCACCAGAUGCAUGGUCACUUUCCUCAGCAAUUCACAGUUCUGAAACACUACGAGAAUCAGGAAUCCAAGUGUUUACCAAUAUGAAGCUUACUCUGUUGUAAUCAGUUUUGAUCCAAGCCCAAGAGGGAAACUUUUGUUUUACUUGCAUGCUGUGAUGUUAAUUGAUAAAAACUCUGGUUUUCUUUAUGCUGUGUGUGAAUUUCAUAGCUGCAGAAAUGGAGGGGAGACUUAUUCAGGUUGCCUAUGUCUGACUUUCUGCAAUUUUUGUAAAGAUUGGGGUGAAAAUAUAUAUUGUGGUUGUGGGCUCAUGACACGUGGAGCAUUCCUUUGCCUCUUGUAUAUGACACGUGUCCAACUGUGAGAAGCCUGAACAUCGAGAGAAAAUAUUGCAGAAGAAUUCUGUGCCACAACAAAAAUAUA